CCUCGAAUCGCGAAAAUGAGUUAAUAUACAAUAGUUUCUGAAUAGACAGAUCUUGGAGUGAUAAACUGUUGCACGAUUUACAGCAUCAAGUACUCAAGAAUUCCAGCAGGUGCGCGACUGUUGAUUACUCCAGGAUACAUGAUCUAGCAUGAAGAUUUUUGUGGCCAAGAGAUAGAACCUUCUGAACAUCACCAUGGCGAUGAUGGACAAUGCUGGUUUUCUGGUCUCGCACAUCCGUAAUUCGUUCAUCACAAGUGAUGACACAGGGAUGUGUGAGCUCAUCAUUGAAUCGGAUGAGCCUGAGAAGAGAACUAAACGAUCUCACCCAUACAACUCUUACUGGAUGGAAAGUGGUAAGGAAGAAUCUGACUAUCACAAUGACAGCGGGCUUGACAUUUCUGAUGGAGAGCUUUCUCAUUCGUAUGACAUUAUUGCGGACAUGGACUAUGGCGCCCACCGGCGAAGGUCCAACACAGCCCAGCGCUUGGAGCGCAUGAAGAAAGAGAAGAGGACGCAAUGUAAAGUGAAAACUAUCACCUGGAAGAACGCACCGAUGGAGCUCACAGCUGAGGAUAAGAAGGGUAUGUUUGAGAAGAAGAGUGAGCUGGUGGCGGAGGGGAACCAGGACAAGGACAAGAGAACGUCACUCCUCAGUCAGAUGCUCACCACAGGGUCCAGGGGAGAGAACCCCUUUUCGGAAUAUGCAAAGUUUGAUGGGAGGACCACUGUUGGCAUUGGUACAAAGAAAAUAGAUAUCUACCUGACGAUGGCACCACCCUCUGAACGAUCAUAUCCCAUUCCGGUUAUCGUCACGGCAACAGCCAAGGUCCAGGAUCUGAUUGGUUUAAUCUGCUGGCAGUACACCAAUGAGGGAAGGGAAUCAAAGAUGAGUGAGAACCUUGACCUGUACUGUCUGCACAUAGCGGAGGACGAUGGAGAAGUGGACAUGGAUUUCCCCAGUCUCGACAACCGAGAACCGGUGUCCAAGUUCGGCUUCGCCAAACUCGCUCUUGUUCAGCGUGCACCAUCACAGCCUGUUCCCAAAGUCUCACUCGUGGUUACAGUAACUGUUCCCAAUAAAGGCUUCAACAAGUUCCAGGUGCCAAGUGCUAACAUUCAGAUGAAAGUGAUCCUCGAAAAGGUGAUCAGGAGACGGAAGAUAAAAGUCAGACCAGGAACUGAAAGAAAUAAAUUGCAUAACUUGAUGUCAGGUCUGAACUACAACCUGGAGAAACAAGAGCAGCCGGGAACCGCCAUUGAUCUGGACAGCACUCUCGACUCCAUGGAUACCAUGGAGUUCUGUCUCGUCCGGGAAAACAGUACACGAGGUGAUUCUCAGGAGAGAGAACGACACGACUCGUCCGAUGUGGCCGAGUCGCUCACUAGUCAUCAGUACAAGUCAUACAUCGUCAGCAUGGUCCACAGACUCAUACCCAACAGCGACGUCCAGCUUGGUAUCAGCGGUGAGAAGGUUGAGAUAGACCCGGUGGUCAGUAAAGGAUCAGUGCGACUGUUCCGCCAGCGCCCAGUCACGUAUGAUGCAGACAGUAUAGCCGACUGUGAUAUAUUAGAACAGAAGUCUAAUGGUCGCAAUGUCUUUCGGAUGACGUACCAAACAGGUCAUGAAUGCCGACAUCACGAUUUUGAAGCAGACCAUACCAUUAGUCUGGAGAUAGUUCAGAAAAUUAAUAACAUCCUGGAACUGCGACUAAGUCGCAUACGAAAAGACUUUGUGGCCAACAAGGAGAAGAAAAUGCUAAAAAAGAGAGACUCUAUAAAAUUUAGCUAACACCAACAUAAUUAUUAUUUUUUAUUUGACAAUUAAUACAGCUUUGAUCAAGGGUUCAAAGAGAAAGUUACAACACAUUGAUUUAUUAAUCAUUGGAUGUGGAACAUUAGGAAUCUAUAUUAUAUGCACUUCCUCGCAGACAGGACAUCACUUACUACAGUUGUGGGGCACUGAUUGGGAUGGACAGUGCACGCUUAAUUUGUGAUUGAUCUAGGAUUGAUUCUAGUCAGUGGGCCCAUUGGGCUAUUUCUCGUUCCAGCCAGUGCUCCACAAAGGCCGUAGUAUGUACUAUCCUGUCUAUGGGAUGGUGCAUAUAAAAGAUCCCUUACUG